UAUAUAUGAAGGAUAUAGCUUCUAACAGAACACAAAUUGGAAAAGCUUCAACUAAACCAACUGAUGCGCAGACAAUACAACGAAUACACCAACAUAACAUUGCAAUUUGUGGUACGAUGAUGAAGUUUAUCCUCCAGUCUUUGAUGUUGUGCGUAAUAUUUUUUACAACGCGAGCAACAGAAGGUCAGUGGUCUAACUGGGGCCCAUAUGGUACUUGCAGUGAAACUUGCCAAUCAAAUAUUAAGACAGACCCUACUCAAUCCAGAACCAGAACAUGUAAUGGUGGAACUUUUGGGACAACAUGUCCUGGAAGUGGCGUAGACAUACGUAACUGUAAUGUUGGAGUUGGUUGUCAAGGAAGUCUUACACAAUGGUCUGCAUAUGGUGCAUGCUCUGCUACAUGUCAGACAGGAAUUCAACCUCCAACUCAACAAAGAAGACGCACUUGUGAAAGAGCUACAUUCGGAGGAAAUUGUAAUGGUGCUGUGUUAGUUCAAAUUACUGACUGUAAUGUAGAAGUAGCUUGCACAGGAAAUCUUACACAAUGGUCGAAAUACGGUGCAUGCUCUGGAACCUGUCAUACAGACCUUCAACCAAUAACCCAACAGAGAACACGUAUUUGUGUUGGAGCUACGUUCGGAGGAAAUUGUAAUAAUGCUAUUUUAGUUGAAACUACUAAUUGUGACGUUGACGCACCUUGUGCUGGUCAAUGGUUUAAAUGGGGUGCGUAUGAUACUUGUAGUACGACGUGCCAAUCAAAUAUCAAUGUUCCCCCUACUCGAUCCAGAACAAGAACAUGCAAUGGUGGAAGAACAACAUGUUCUGGAAGUUCCGUUGAGACGCAGUUCUGCAAUGUUAGAGUUGCGUGUCAAGGAAAUGUUACGUCAUGGUCUGAUUACAGUGCAUGUUCUUCUACAUGUCAGCCAGUUUUUAAUACUCCAACUCAACGCAGAACUCGUACUUGUGUGGGAGCCACGUUCGGAGGAGAUUGCAAUGGUGCUUCACUAAACGAAAGUAUUUAUUGUAAUUUAAACGUAGCUUGUCCAGGUAAGCUCUCACCUUGGGAACAAUGGGGUGCAUGCAGUGAAAGUUGUCAGGGUAAUUCAAAUGUUGCUCCUACAAAAUCAAGAGCAAGAAAUUGCUCAGAAGCAACUUUUUAUGGAAACUGUAGAGGUGCCAGUCUCACAGAAAGCAAGACUUGUAAUGCAGGAGUUGACUGUCAAGAUGGUGAUCAGGAUAAAAAUAAAACUAUCAUCAUUGUGGCUAGUGCUUCGAUCGUCUCCACAUUGAUUCUCAUUCUAAUUAUAUUUUUAAUUGUGAAGUUUAAAGCUAAAAUCACUUGUGGAACCAAAUCACAAAAUAGCAAUAAAAAUGAAGGCGCAAAUGAUAAGUACGAUGACGUUGCAGAAACAAACUCACCAUCAGCCGUACCACCAAAAGUCUAUGCCGAGCUGACACCGAUCUCUGAGAACUUCGAUGACUACCAAGAAAUUAACUUAUAUCAAAACAGCGUUCAAGCGAAUACUGGUGUCUAACUCCCUAAUUUUUUUUUGACUAACUUAUGAUUUGAAAAAUGCGGCGCAUAUUUCUUGAAUUCAAACUAAGCGUUUUUUGACAUGUCCAAAUAUUUACUUCCCAAUUUUCGGUGAAUCAUGGUGUGCGGAAGCCAGUGAAAGUUAAUAUAAAAAUAUUUGACUUGUCAAAAAAAGCCUAGUUUGAACCUCCAAUUUAUCGUUUUCCUACAUAAAAUUGUAUUAUUAUUAACAGUAAUCAAUGCAUAGGAAAUGGCUCACGUGCCCUCAAUAAAGCUUUCUGGUGCGAAUAUAUUUAAAAUCACAAUCCUACUACAAAAUAAACUUUUCAACCCUAUUUACAAGCUCGUGAGCUUGUAUUAAAACGCAAAUUUGUCCUACAAGAAUGGAAAUUUUUGCCUCUCUGAGCACCGACACGGGAGUAGUCGUGUGUUCGAAUCUCAUCUUGGUCACUAUUUUUACUUUUUUUUUUCUUUUCACUAUCUUGCCUGCGAGGGUGUGUUUCCAACUCGUAACUAACUAACCAAAUGGUCAAUCGCAACGUCACAGAUUUAAACUUCGUAACUAAACUCUCUAAGUACUUGGUCUAAGUACUUUUUAGCCAUUCUGAACAUUCUUCAAAGCUAUAAUUGCUAACAUCCUUUGUAUUGUCCAUGUUUAUAAACUUUAAUAAUCGAUAUCAUAAAUAAACUAUAUACUUUUGCAAUAUACAACGUUUUUCU